AUGGCAGUAAGCAAUCACACAGCAGUGACCCAUUUCAUCCUCUUGGGAUUGACGGCUCGCCUAGAACUACAGCUUCCGCUCUUUGUGGUGAUCCUACUAAUCUAUGUCAUCACCCUGGCAGGUAAUCUUGGAAUGAUUGGCUUGAUCAGGAUUGACCUCCAACUUCACACGCCUAUGUACUUCUUCCUCAUUAACUUGUCAAUUGUGGAUCUCUGCUAUUCUUCGGUUUUUGCUCCAAGGAUGCUGGUAAACUUCUUAGUGGAGAAUAAGACUAUUUCUUACUCUGCGUGUAUUGACCGUUAUGUAGCUAUUUGCAACCCACUACUUUACACCACUCUUAUGCCCAGGAAACUUUGUAUUUGGCUGGUGGCUGGAUCAUAUUUAGGGGGACUCUUUAAUUCACUGAUACAUACUUGUGGCUUAUUGAGGUUGUCAUUCUGUGGACCUAAUAUCAUCAACCAUUACUUCUGUGACACAAACCCACUGUUGAAACUUACUUGCUCUGACAAUCGUAUCAAUGAGAUUAUGCUUGUAAUCCUCUCUGGGAUCAUAGCUGUGUCCACCGUCCUAAUUGUCAUCAUCUCUUAUGUCUACAUCCUCUUCUCAGUCCUGAGAAUGAGCUCCCCAGGCAGGCACAAAGCCUUCUCCACCUGUGCCUCGCAUCUGACAGCUGUAACCCUAUUCUACGGGCCUGUGAGUUUAAGCCACAUACAGCCCAGUUCGAGAUACUCACUGGAACACGAGAAAAUCUCUGCAGUAUGCUACACGCUGGUCAUUCCUAUGCUGAAUCCGCUGAUCUACAGUCUCAGGAACAAGGAGGUGAAAAAUGCACUUAGAAGGGUGAUGGCAAGGAAAAAAUGCUGUUCAUUGGCUUGUUUAUCAGAAUAA